GGCUCGGAGAAGGGGGAAAAAUCACAAAUCGGGGUUUUUUUGCCCCAAAUACAUGUCAGCGCGAGGCCGGCGGGGAGGCCAGAGCACACAGGGCCCUAUUGAAAGGGGAAGAACAAAACAAAAACGGGAGAAAAAGCAGAAAAUAAAUGAGGCGGGCGCCGGGCCAGGUCGGGAGCGCGACGGGACGUGCCCGGAGAGGGAGGCGCAGGAAUCGGGGGGCGAAGGCGCCCGAGAUGUGGGGAGCAGAGGCCGCCCCGGGGGGGCCCCGCGCUCGCCCCCGCCCGCUGCCGCUGGCCUGGCUCCUGGCGCUGCACGCAGGUCUCCUGGCGGGGGUGAACAUCACCAGCCCCACGCCGCUGGUGCGUGGCACGGCGGGGAAGGCGGCGCUGCUCUCGGUGCGCUACGCCAGCGCCAGCACCGACAAGCCGGUGGUCAAGUGGCAGCUGAAACGGGACAAACCCGUCACCGUCGUCCAGUCCAUCGGCACCGAGAUCAUCGGCAACUUGCGGCCCGAUUACCGCGACCGCAUCCGGGUGCUGGAGAACGGCUCACUGCUCAUCAGCCCCCUGCAGCUGAGCGACGAAGGCGCGUACGAGGUGGAGGUGUCCAUCACCGACGACACCUUCACCGGCGAGAAGACCAUCAACCUCACCGUGGACAUCCCCAUCUCAAAGCCGCAAGUGCUGGUGGCCUCCUCGACGGUGCUGGAGCUCAGCGAGUUCUUCACCCUCAACUGUUCACAUGAGAACGGCACCAAACCCACCUACACGUGGCUGAAGGACGGGCGACCGCUGAGCAACGACUCCCGCCUGCUCCUCUCCCCCGACCAGAAGAUCCUCACCAUCACCCGCGUCCUCAUGGCUGACGAUGAUGUCUACAGCUGCCUGGUGGAGAACCCCAUCAGCCACGGCCGCAGCGUCCCCGUGAAGCUCACCGUCUACCGCCGGAGCUCCCUCUACAUCAUCCUCUCCACGGGCGGCAUCUUCCUCCUCGUCACCCUGGUGACAGUUUGUGCCUGCUGGAAACCCUCCAAGAAGGAGAAGCGACAAGCAGAGCUGCAACCGGCUUCCGACUACGCUGAGCAGGACGAGGAGCGCCUGAAGCACGACGCCGAGGGCAUCACACGCAGCGGCGACCACGAGCGCAAGAACCCAGUGGCCUUGUACAUCCUCAAGGACAAGGAUUCGCCGGAGGCGGAGGAGGAUUCGCCGGCCGAACCCCGCGGUGCGGUUGAAGCGGGUUACACCAGCUCCCCGGUGCCUGCGGCCGGUCGCUCCCCGGGCCCCGUGGGGCGCGCGACUCGCCGCUACCAUCGCUCGCCGGCGCGCUCGCCCGCCUCCACGCGGACGCACAGGUCGCCGCCGGGGUCGCCAGCGCGUUCCCGCGGUGCCCCGCGGCUGCUGCGGACUGCCGGCGUGCACGUCAUCCGCGAGCAGGAGGAGGCCAACGCCGUGGAGAUCAGCGCCUGAGCGGGGGACAUGUGCGCGCUCGGGCGGUGGCGAGCGGGUGGGGACACGCAAGGCCCCGCUGCUGCCUCCAGCCGGCGUUUUGCUGGGUGUAAAGUCACUAAUUUGCUAUUGAUCCCA